AUGGGAAAGAUAAUUUUUUACGAAGACCGUGACUUUCAAGGACGUUCCCAUGAAUGCACUAGUGAUCACCACGAUUUACAGCCUUAUCUGAGCAGAUGUAAUUCAGUUCGAGUUUUGAAUGGUUGCUGGAUGAUUUAUGAACGUCCAGGUUACACAGGAUUUCAGUACUAUCUUAAACAGGGGGAUUACACAGACUACCAAAACUGGAUGGGAUUUAGUGACGCCAUUAAAUCAUGUCAAAUGAUUCCUCAGCAUUAUGGACCUUACAGAAUUAGACUGCAUGAAAGAGACAACUUGAGAGGUGAGAUGAAGGAGUUCACAGAAGAUUGUCCACAUGUUUAUGAAAAGUUUAAUCACCAUGACAUUCACUCCUGCAAUGUACUGGAAGGCUACUGGAUAUUUUAUGAGCAGCCCAACUAUCGGGGUCGCCAGUACUACUUGAUGCCUGGGGAAUAUAAGAGGUUCAGUGACUGGGGUGCCAUGAACGCCAGAGUGAGCUCUUUCCGUAAAGUAAUACAUUGCUUUUAG